AAUUUAUUAAAGUAAACAAAAAUAGUCGUGUAUGGGUUUGGAUGGAUAAGAACUAAGAAGUGAAAUAGUGAAAUUUCUCUCUCCAAACCCCACCUGUACCACCCUAUGCAACCCACUGGAAUCUAACACCAUCAAAAUUAAAGGCAUAUGAAUCAAGUGGCCACCAAACAAGACGUACAUUUCUGUCUUCGUACUCAAAGAUGAGCAUUCUCAAUUUCACAUCACCACCACUAUCGCCUACUCUUCUGUAUUCUUCACUCCUACUCUUCCUUCCUUCCUUCAUGGCCCUUCUUUAAUUCUUGUUUCUUUUCUUGCACAAGCACAACAACAUAAUUGAAUUCCCUUACACUCAUUUAAGCUGCUAAUAUCAUAUCAUCAGCAUCAUCAUGAUGAACAAGCUCGUAGUGGAAGUUCUUGAUGCCAGCGACCUCAUGCCCAAAGAUGGAGAAGGGUCAGCUAGCCCCUUUGUAGAGGUAAACUUUGAUGGUCAACAGCAGAGGAGUCAAACGAAGCACAAAGACCUCAAUCCUUAUUGGAAUGAGAAGUUUGCUUUCAACAUUAAUAACCCAAGAGACCUUCCUCACAAGACAAUUGAAGUUGUUGUUUACAAUUACAAUGAUCCUAAAGCUUCCAACCACAAUAAUUUCCUAGGAAGGGUGAGAAUCUCAGGUGUUUCUGUCCCUCUAUCUGAGUCUGAGGCUACUGUCCAACGCUACCCACUUGACAAACGUGGUCUUUUUUCAAAUAUCAAGGGAGAUAUCGCUCUUAGAAUUUAUGCACUUCAUGAUCCUUCUUUUUCUUCUUAUGCUGCUCCACCUCCACAACAACAACAACAACAACAACAACAACAACAAGCACAAGCCAGUCCUGGUGUUGAACUUGAACCUGAACCUGAUUAUUAUGAGGAGACUCCCUUGCAAGAAAUGAACACUAACAUGCUAUAUGAGGAAAGCAUGGCUGCUGAUGCAGAGAUGAUGAUGAUGAAGAAGAAGAAGAAGCAGCAGAAAGAAAAGGAAGUGAGAACUUUUCACUCCAUUGGGAUCGAGAAAGCCACUCAUGCUCCUCCUGCUCCUGGUCCUCCUCCUGCAGCACCAGCAGUUGAAACGAGGGCUUAUUCUGCAAAAGCUGGGCCACCGAAUGUAAUGUUAAUGCAGAUCCCAAAGCAAAACCCGGAGUAUGCAUUGGUUGAGACAUAUCCUCCGCUGGCAGCUCGUCUGCGCUAUAGAGGAAGGGACAAGAUAUCAAGCACUUAUGAUUUAGUGGAACAGAUGCAAUACUUGUAUGUGAAUGUGGUGAAGGCAAGAGAUCUUCCGGUGAUGGAUAUCUCAGGAAGUCUUGACCCUUAUGUCGAGGUGAAGCUGGGUAACUACAAAGGAGUCACAAAGCACUUGGAGAAGAAUCAGCACCCAGUUUGGAAGCAAAUUUUUGCAUUCUCAAGUGAGAGGUUGCAAUCAAAUUUGCUUGAAGUGACUGUCAAGGAUAAGGACAUUGGCAAAGAUGAUUUUGUGGGUAGAGUUCUCAUUGAUCUUACUGAGAUUCCUCUUCGGGUACCCCCAGAUAGCCCCUUGGCUCCUCAAUGGUACAGAUUGGAGGAUAAGAAAGGGCAAAGGGUUAAUAAUGGGGAAAUCAUGCUUGCAGUUUGGAAAGGAACACAGGCUGAUGAGUCAUUUCCUGAGGCCUGGCACUCUGAUGCUCAUAACGUCAGUCACUCUAACCUUUCAAAUACGCGAUCGAAGGUAUAUUUCACACCCAGGCUUUACUAUCUUAGAGUUGAAGUAAUUGAAGCUCAAGAUCUUGUCCCUUCUGAGAAAGGCAGAGUCCCAGACCCUUUAGUUAGGGUACAACUUGGAAAUCAAAUGAGAUACACAAGGCCAAUGAGAGGCACUAACCCAGUUUGGAACGAUGAACUUAUGUUUGUGGCAGCUGAGCCUUUUGAGGAAUUUAUAAUGGUGACAGUUGAGGACAAAGUAGGUCCUAAUAAUGUUGAAAUCCUAGGAAGGGAGAUUAUAUCAGUCAGAAAUGUUCCAAGACACGAUACCAGCAAGCUCCCUGAUCCUCGUUGGUUCAAUUUGCACAGGCCUAGUGCUGUUGGUGAGGUAGAAACAGAGAAAAAGAAGGAGAAAUUCUCAAGCAAGAUUCACCUUCGAAUCUGUCUAGAGGAAGGAUAUCAUGUGCUUGAUGAGUCCACCCAUUUUAGCAGUGAUCUUGAGCCAUCCUCAAAACGUUUGAGGAAGAAGAAAUGCAUUGGAAUUCUUGAACUUGGGAUACUGAGUGCCCGGAAUUUGCUACCUAUGAAGGCCAACCAAGGUAGGACUACUGAUGCAUACUGCGUGGCCAAGUAUGGCAACAAAUGGGUUCGAACCAGAACCCUGCUCGACACACUGUCCCCUAGAUGGAAUGAGCAGUAUUCAUGGGAAGUUAAUGAUCCAUGUACUGUGAUCACAAUCGGGGUUUUUGACAAUUACCACAUCAAUGGGAGCCAUGACACUAAAGAUCACAAGAUUGGAAAAGUAAGAAUCCGGUUAUCGACUCUGGAAACUGAUAGAGUGUAUACUCAUUAUUAUCCUCUGCUGUUUCUCCAACCUAAUGGCCUGAAGAAGCAUGGAGAGCUUCACUUGGCAGUGAGAUUUACUUGCACAGCUUGGGUUAAUAUGGUAGCACAGUAUGGAAAGCCUUUGCUUCCAAAAAUGCAUUAUGCCCAACCAAUACCUGUUAGGCUCAUAGAUUGGCUCCGUUACCAGGCCAUGCAGAUUGUGGCAGGGCGGCUAGCAAGAGCUGAGCCACCACUUAGACGUGAAGUUGUUGAGUAUAUGCUUGAUGUUGAUUACAAUAUGUGGAGUCUAAGGAGAAGCAAGGCCAAUUUUUACCGCAUCAUGUCACUCCUCUCAGGUGUUACAUCUGUUUGUAAAUGGUUUGAUGACAUUUGCACUUGGAGAAACCCAAUUACAACCUGCCUUGUUCACGUCUUGUUCUUGAUACUGGUUUGCUAUCCAGAAUUGAUAUUGCCAACCAUUUUUCUUUACUUGUUUGUAAUCGGGAUUUGGAAUUACCGGUUCAGGCCAAGGCAUCCACCCCACAUGGAUGCUAGACUUUCACAAGCAGAAUCUGCCCACCCAGAUGAAUUGGACGAGGAAUUUGACACAUUUCCAACUACAAGACCUUCAGAUAUUGUGAGAAUGAGGUAUGACAGAUUGCGGAGUGUGGCAGGUAGAGUACAGACUGUGGUUGGAGAUUUGGCUACUCAAGGAGAAAGGGCUCAAGCCAUACUAAGUUGGAGAGACUCCAGGGCUACAGCUAUCUUCAUCAUCCUCUCACUUAUUUGGGCUGUGUUCAUUUACAUAACUCCCUUCCAAGUAGUUGCAAUUCUAGUAGGACUAUACCUGCUGCGUCAUCCUCGCUUUAGAAGCAAGAUGCCAUCGGUACCAGUUAAUUUCUUCAAGAGAUUGCCUUCCAAAUCAGAUAUGCUGCUGUGACGCCUCACUU